AUGCUUCUUUUCUCGUUAGCUACGCAAAAGCACUCGCCAACUACAAAAGAAAACUUUAAUGAAGAAUACGACUACAUUGUGGUAGGCGCAGGCGCUGCAGGUUCCGCCGUAGCCAGCCGCUUGUCUGAGAUUCCUUGUGUAACUGUUCUACUUUUAGAAGCCGGAAAACCUCCACAUUUGUUAACCGAAGUUCCAGCCGCAGCUAGAGGGUUUAUUUUCAGUGACAUUGAUUGGAAUUACAGGACUACCCCACAAAGAUAUACAGCGGCUUCUCUCAUCAAUAAACAAGUUGUAUGGCCCAGCGGCAAAACACUUGGAGGCUCUAGUACAAUUAACGCAUUACUCAGCGUUCGUGGAAACAGAAAGAAUUAUGAUGAAUGGGCAGCUCAAGGAGCUUCUGGGUGGAGUUAUGAGGAAGUUUUACCUUACUUCAAGAAACUCGAAGAUAACGUUGAUCUGGAGUAUGUGUGGAAUGGUUUCCAUGGACGCAACGGACCAGUAACAAUUUCGAAACCCAGGUACCAACCUGCUGUCAAGAAUCCUGUAGUAGAUUCUGCUCAUAGUCUGGGGUACAGAUUUGUGGACGUCAACGGACCAUCACAAUACGGAUUUUAUGAUCAUCAAGCUAUUAUCCGCAGAGGGCAGAGAUGCAGUGCAGCUAAGGCUUAUCUUGUACCUAGCGAGAAUAGGACUAACUUAGAUAUUGUGACGGAGGCUAUGAUCUCGAUCGUGAACAGGAGGGCCGUUAGCGUGCAGUUCGAUUUUAAAGGAUCCACACGCCAAGUUAAAGCACGGAAAGAAAUUAUCCUAUCAGCUGGGGCCAUCAACAGCGCACAGUUAUUAAUGCUGUCGGGUAUUGGACCCAUGACCGAACUGGACAGAUUGAAGAUACCGCUUGUGGCCGAUCUACCUGUGGGUUUUAACCUCCAAGAUCACUGUGCCGGUUUUGUGGCUUACCACUUGAGUGAUGAUAUCGAACCGUACCUGAAACGACUAGUGGACCCGGAUAACAUACAAACUUACAUCAAUAACAGAAUUGGUCCUUUGGUAUCUACAUCUGCUAUCCAUUUAUUGGCCUUCCUAAGCAACAACGCCACUGGAGCCCAGAAAGAUAUACCUGAUCAUGAGCUGUAUUUUGUGGAAUUUCCUGCUAUUUUUGCUAAGUUGCACCUAGGAAUCAAGCCAAAGGAUUUUCAAGCGUACUUCGGGCCAUACCAAAGCAAACCACUUCAUCUUUGCUUGUCCCAGAUUCUUCAUCCUAAGAGUCGAGGAACCGUCCGCCUUCUUUCAACAAACCCUUAUGAUCCUCCUGAAAUUGAUCCUAAUUACUAUUCUAAUCCACAAGAUCUGCAGGAUGUCGUCGAGGGGUUAAAAACCUGCAUUAAGAUACUGUCAAGUCUCCAUAUGCAGAGAGUGGGAUCACAAAUGUUUAACACCUCAUUCCCAGGAUGCGAGCGUUUCUUUGGAGAUUUAGAUCUCUUCUUAAAAUGCAUGGCUAGAGCUGUAGUCAUGACGUUAAGCCAUCCAGUUGGAACAGCCAAGAUGGGAGACCCGAAUGAUCCAACAACUGUGGUCGACCCCCAGCUCAAAGUGAAAAUGAUUGAAGGAUUAAGAGUAGUGGAUGCAUCAGUCAUGCCAUCCAUCGUCUGGGGAAAUACAAACAUACCUACAAUCAUGAUAGCAGAAAAAGCUUCAGAUAUGAUCAAAAGCACCAUCUCUUGCAUCACACAACCUUGAUGAAAGAAAUCCUACUACAUUUCGUCAUUAAUAAAUGCUUACAACAUAUGAGAAUCUAUGAUUAAAUUCUGUUGAUUGAGAAACAUCCAGUUUUUGUUAUAAAACUCUUUCCAGAUUGUUAUAUGAGUA